CAGGCUAAAGAUUGCCAUGGAAACAUGCAGUUUGAGAGUGAGAUAAGAAAUGAUUGAGAGAAUCAAUGUCUAGGGAUAACACAAAGCAUGGCCACAGCAGCAGACAUGACUGCCUGAUGGUCCAAUUCAUUCUAGCCAAGAAUAACAGCGAGAGGAAAGAGUUGAAACAACCUACCAGCUAAACUGGACCCAGCUCACAGUUAAACCUAACACAGAACCAUCACUGACACAUAUAUAUAAAUACGAAGAUCCUGAUCUGCAAUUUUGGGGGUAAUGAGCCGUCUGUCAGGUCGCCUACGCUCUGGAGGUGUUCGUUUGACUUGUGAGGCACUGGCUGACAAGGAUUGCAGUGAUAAUGAGGGCCCCUCUUUAUGGGAGGGGGAUGAAGAACCUGGGGGCACAUCUGUAGGACCCACUGAUUCUAAUCCAGCCAGCUCACUACAUUACCGCUUUUAUUCGCCUCCCUCUUUAGCUAAUGGUCUGCGGAACCAUGAAGAGCAACUUCGACGUAGAGCAAGGAAACGUAGGCAGACAGAUUAUGUGGAGCAAAUACACACACAAGAACAAAUGCUCAUUCAGCAAAACACACAACCACAGAUGUGUACAACACAACACUCACUCACACAGUCGAGCACACACCUGCAGCCUCAUACCCACAUUCCAAUGGAUACACAUAUGUGGAUGGACACAAACAUGCUAACACAGAAAGGCAUGUGCACGCCUAUAGACACUGGCUCCUCAGUUAUGGAGCAGGACCCUUCCCUUAUUCCAGAAGACUUGUCUUUACCUUCCAAGACUGGCACACAUAAUGUACAUGUUCAGUCAGCCCCUUUGUUACACACCACCCUUCCUCCAAACAAUUUUACACCUCCUCAAUACAACCCUUCCACUUUACCCAAGGAGGAGACAGAACAAAAUUCAACAUGUAAGCCAGAAAUGGAUCACACCAGCGACCUAGACCACAUUCGUAUGAUAGGCCAAGCCAGUGUCAUGACCUCUGUGGAGGCUGAAAGGAAGUAUACCCUGCGGAGCUCUGGCCGGCCACGUUUCCCCUGCCAUCUUCGUAAAUCAUCCCGUUUACGUAGAGCUGCUGAGGAAAAUAUGUUCAAAAGAGAAAUGGACCAAAAGGAUGAAGAAGAGGAGGAGAAUAGAGUCUGGAGGACAGAGGACAUAAGACCAAUGGAGGAGCAUCCCCCAGAGGUGUGUGAUGCUGCCUCAUCAUUUGAGGUUUUACCAUCAUCAACUAUACCAGCAGGUGUUACACCAAAUCAUAGUAUGAGAACAUCAGAAGGAGAGGGCAUUGUUACUCACCACUCAGUUAGAGGGAGACGACAGGGACGUUAUUUAGGUGUGAGGAAGAUUGUGGUAAAAGUAGCCAGAAUACCUGUACACAUGAGCCGACGACAGAAAAGCUACAAGAUCUCAUCCCUGGAGCCAGUGUGUGCUGGACCCCGUGGGGAAGGGGUCACAACAGGAGAGGGGCCCGAGGGGAGUGUAGGAGGUGAGCCAGGACCUAAUGUUUCAAGAGAGCCCACCCCCUCAUAUGUUAAUGAUACCAAUGAUGUUAAAGUAGAAUAUGCAGAUGUCCUCUCCAAACUGGCCUUCUUGAACAGACAACCUCCCAGCACAGGCCGCUGCUCUCCUCCACGCUGCUGGACCCCAACAGAGCCUGAAACUUUCCACAUACCACCAGAAAAUCCAUCCCUUUCCACUCUUUUGCACCGCCUUACAGCAUUCCGCAGGAGAGGUGGUCGUGCAGGCUGUAUGGGGAGUAGAGGAGGGGGAGCAGCUGGAUCCUCUGAUUCCUUUAAGAGGUCAUUCAGUGACUUUUUUGAAACAAUUGGCAAGAAGCGGAAGGCCCCUGCAUCUGAACCAGGAACUCCUCGAAAAAGAGGCAAGGGUGUUGCUGGGGGAAUAAGUAGGGCAGCUUUAGGUGACUCUGCACAAGGUGAGAAGGUUAGAAAACGCAGAUCACGAAAGAAUGGGAAUUUAAAAAAUGGUCCAGGUGCACAAGAGGAAGAUUGGAUAGGGAAAGGCGACAGAGAUAUUUCUGAGAAAGCUAGCAGUUAUCAGAGCCCUUGUUCCCCUCGUGGAAGUUUUCAAAGCAGUGAGGCUAGUAAGGGGGGGAUGUACCACAGCCCCAGUAUGAGAGGCAGUGGAGAAGAGUCUCAGGGAAUGUUUGCAGGAUAUUUUCGCUCUCUUCUUUAUUCUGAUGACUCAUCUGACCUGCUAGAUAUCUCUAUGUCCAGCCCUGCUGGACGCCAGGAAGGUCGUAAGCUCACCCCAGGAUAUGAGGGUAGCAGCCCUGGUGCAGCCCAUCGUUGGUCUCCUGCCUUUCCUAAAAGAAGUCCUAAAGGUGCAGCCUGUCUUGGGGAAGGGGCGCCAUUAACCUCACCCCAAACUCAAGGCAGCUCGACAACUAAACCCUCAUAUUCAUACAGUGUCUCACAGACUUCUCCCAUCCCAUCCUUCCCUAAAUCCCCUGCACUCUUGCUUUCCCGUUCACCAAGCUCCCUACAUCCAUCUGGAGGUUAUCCUCAAUAUCCAUCUAGUUAUAGUGCUGGGGUUCCUCAAGGAGGAAGCAUUUACCCCCUCCCUCAACAGCAGCAACAACAGCAAAGGCCAAGUGACUGUAGCUUUACAUAUGGCACAAAAACUCCCUCUGUUCCCUCUGCACAGUGUCAGAUGAGUUAUUCCAACUACCAGGGUUCUGCCAAGCGCAGUUAUAGUGGAUAUCCAUGCCCACCCCAUUCAACCAUACAGAGAGGGGACUCUGGCCCAACCUCACCGAGUGGAAGUUAUAUGUCAAUGUCAAAGUCUAGCCCCUAUUCCUUAUCCUCUUCUCCGCCUGAGGGUUGCAGACAGUACACCUCUACAGCUCAGUGGGGAUACAGACAAGGGGGAAAUAACUGGGGUGUUGAUGCAUAUGGUACUCAUCAGUUUCAUGGUUACUCUGACUAUAGGGUAGCUGGAACUGGAUCAGAAUCCAAAGACAUUCUGGACAUCUCAAACUACACACCCCAAAAAGCCAAACAGCGUCCUUGCCCUGACACACUCUCUGAAUCCUCCUCAGAUUCCUCCCACACUGGUGGAGGAGGGAUGGGUGUUGUGGGGGGAACAUUUCGCCCAAGGGAUGUUCCUAUGCCUGAGGGUCAGUCUAGUCUUUCAAGCCUGGAGAAGCUAAUGCUUGACUGGAAUGAGAAUUCGGCAGGCCCGUCUUACAACUGGAGUCAGAAUGUACUAUUCCAAGGGGGGGCAAAACCAGGUCGUGGGCGAAGAAAAAAGUCUGAGGCACACAAUGAGAAGGAAGCAUGCUCUGUUCCCCCAGGAUCACCUGCCAGCCCUCCUAUGCAAGGGGGAGGGCCAAAACGUAGUGCUACAGGUGGUAGACAACCGAGAGGAGCCAGAGGCAGGGGAGGAUUCUCUCCUUGCCAAAGAGAUCAUCCACCACCACCAAAAACCAAAUCUCAAAAGCCUUCAGCCCCAUCAGGGUCAGGGCAGAUGUGUUCAGGGGGUGUAUACCAGGAAGCAUUGGACUACUACAGUGGAGAUAGUAGUAGCCUGUCUCCUCUCAGCCAUGCCCCAGAGUCCUGUGAAUACCCCUCUCCAUAUUCUUUCCAUACUUCUACUCCCUCCUCAGAUGAGAGAUUUGCUCAUGUCUACCCUCCAGACUCUGCCUCUGUAUCCCCCAGUUUAUCAAAUCAGUCAGAUGCCCUAAAGCAGUACCCUAAACCUGGUCCUCCCUCCCAGACUUAUGGACAUGCUGCCAGGACUUUUAGCCCAACCCUCUCGCCAACCCCUCGCCUCUUGCCACAUUGUGGUUCUGCCAUGAGUCCGCAUCGGGUCCCAAAAGACCAGUUCUCCCAGUAUGAUUCCCCCAGUUACAGUGGCUCUCCCUGCUGGUUUGGGCAAGGAGGAAGUGUUGCUGGCAGUCCCCAAAACUAUGAGGAACAGCGACCACCAGCAGUCUCUUUGCCCUCCCACAAACGGGACAUGUCAUUGAUGGUCUCUGGGAUGAGAGUUCCAUCCCAUUCAUCCUACCCUUCCCCUUUACAAAGAGGUCCUUCCAUGUCAACUUCAUGUGUGAGUGGAACUCUGGACUCUUCCCCACAGCAUGAAGAGAUGGGUUACCAUGGUAACUUGGACAGCUAUGCACCCAUUGGACACCGUUAUGCACCCCACACAGCCCGGGGAGGGGUACUUUGCCAGCUUCUUGACCAGCCCAGCGAAGAAGGCUUCACCGUCACCAGCCUGUAGUUGGAAUUAUCUUGGCAUCCCUAAAGAGAUGAAAUGGACAGUACCCUUUUCAUAUUUUUAAUAUUUUUUAAAGGAUAAGCUUUGGAAGACACUUACUGAGUUAGACUGAAGAGUUUCAGAGCUAUGGACUAAAUAAAGACUUCUCCAGCAGUGACAAUCAAGAUCCAAAUCCAUACACAUGAACACACACAGAAACACAUGCACGAACACAAACAUACUAUGUGAUCACAAAACAUUCACAUACUUGCAUAUACUUUUCAUACACUGACUUGCAACUGUAAAUGCACGCACAAAAAUAACUAAUAUUGCUAUACAGCUUGGGCUAGGGACUUAUUUAACAAAGAAUGAACACUGCUAGUUUCACGAAGAAACCAAUUUGAUGAAAUGCAGGGAACAAACUAGUCCCUUUCUUUUAGAGUGCAACUGUGCAAAUGUGAUUCACACAUACCCACAUUUCAGUGAUGCCCAAAAACUAAACUAAUGUGAGAGACCACACAAAAGGUUUUUGUCUACAUCCUGAUCUUGCUCCCUCUUUCUCUGUCUGUUUUAGUCUCAAAACCUCUGAUUUUGUCACUGGGAAGAUUACUUAAUCCUAAAGGUCGGUCCACUCCUUCAGCAUCUGUAAAUGGUGACUGCACAAACUCUGCCCUCUUCUCACUUUUAAGUUCAACAUAAAAAAAAACAGCAUUUGUACAUAAGCUACUCAAAUGGUUCCAUCACUUGAGGAGCUCACUGCUAUGAAAACAACCGAAUCUCAGAGUCCUGCCUGCUGAAAGAGACAUACGUUAAAGCAGCAAUGUCAUGACAGUGUUUUGGAACUGCUGUAAGGACACAUGAGGGAAAUACCAGUUUUAUGUGGCUUUAAAUUGUUCAGCUUGGGUUUGUGCAAGUACAUUUUAAGUAAUAUUUUUUAUCAGUGGCCUGGUCUGGUCCCAAAGGAAUGUUGUCUAAAUUUGAUCCCUUCAACCGUCGCUCUGGAUCUGCAGCAUGGUCACUUUGUGCCCAACAUCCAACUCUCAUUUGUGUGUUUUUAUCACAACAGGAGGACAGACACCCAUGCACUGCCCCCGAAUGAUGCUGUCCUUGUCAACAUGUUUAGAGGCCAGGGCACUUUCCACCCUGGAUUUGAUGGCCUGGAACUCAGGGUGUGGACAAUGCAUAUUCGCCUCCUCUUUUUCUUUCAUCCCUCUGUUCAUAUUUCUUGUGGUCCGCUGUGUCGUACAGUGAUUUUUUGUGAUUAAAUAUUGUAUCUGUCUGUUCCAUAUACUGUAUCUGAGGUGAAAAUAUUUAAAUACACAUUCUGUUCUGA